GCAGUGUAUGUGCCUAUAGCUGCCAUAUUGUCUGUGUACGCCUGUAGUUUCAUGGCUUGGUGAGAGUUCGCGUGAUAUGUGUUUGUUUUUUUAGUGCCGAUGUGAAGACAAUUGAUAAGUUUUUAAUUUGAAUGUGUCUUAUUCGUAAUUCGAAAGACAUUUCAUAAUGACUCAGUUUUUACCUCCAAAUCUCCUAGCCCUAUUUGCUCCACGCGAACCUAUACCGUUUUUGCCUCCCGCUGCCAAAUUACCUCAUGAAAAGAAGAAUAGAGGCUACCUAGGAGUUGGAAAUUUCUUAGACUUUUUUGAAGAUCCUACUGAGACUCCUCCUCCUAAGAAAGUAGAAACUAGAGAUGAACGUCUUGAAAGAAGAAGGCGUGAAAGAGCAGAACAAGUUGCUUAUAAGUUGGAACAAGAAAUAGCUGUUUGGGAUCCUCACAAUAUUGCAAAUGCCACUACUGAUCCCUUCAAGACACUAUUUAUUGCCCGAAUCAACUAUGAUACUUCUGAAUCCAAAUUGCGGAGAGAAUUUGAAAUGUAUGGACCAAUCAAGAAGAUUGUUCUUAUUCAUAAUUCGGUGAAUGGAAAACCUAGAGGUUAUGCCUUCAUUGAGUAUGAACAUGAGAGGGAUAUGCAUUCUGCAUACAAACAUGCAGAUGGGAAAAAAAUUGAUGGCAGGAGGGUCUUGGUAGAUGUUGAAAGAGGCCGUACGGUCAAAGGAUGGCUUCCAAGGCGACUAGGUGGAGGACUAGGAGGAACAAGAAGAGGAGGACCGGAUGUUAAUCUGAAACACUCUGGACGAGAGGACAAUGAACGUGAGAGAGAAAGGUAUAGGCUUGAAAGGGAGGCUGCUGAAAGAGCUCCUCGGAGAGAUGAACCUCGGCGCAGAUCCAGAUCUCGGGAAAAAAAGAGGAGAUCAAGAAGCCGUUCACGAGAUCGAAAACGAAGGAGAAGUCGUGAAAGAAUACCAGAUCCUGAUAUUGAAGAAAUUGAAGAACGGCCCAGAGAACGAGAAAGAGAAAGAGAUAGAGAUCGCGAAAGGGACAGAGACAGGGAUCGUGAAAGAAGAGAUCGUGACAGAGAGAGGAAAAGGAGAAGGAGCCGUUCCAAGGACAGGGAAAGGAAAAGAGAUCGCCGGGACAGGGAUAGGGAUAGGGACAAGGACAGGGAAAGGAGAAAUCGGGACCGAGGGAAUGGAGACGAUGAAUUUGAAGAGAAAGUUAGGAUCAAAAUUGAACCUCCUGAUGAUUAUCCAGACUACUCAUCUCAGAAUCAUUAUCAAUCUGGUGAGUUUGAUGAAAACAAAGUUAAAUAUGAAAAGGAUGAAGAUGAUAGGACUAAGUAUGAAAACAAUAAACCACCUUCAGAGCAGGAGGAGAAUGGACGUAUUGGUGAGAUGGGAUAUGAGGAAGAUGAGAACUAUUAAACAUUUUCCCUUAGAUCAUAAAUUUAAAAUAAAUUGUUGAAAUAAUUGUGUUUUAAGAAUACAAUAGACUUUGUGAAUUAAAUUAAUUAUAGAUAAUUUUAAGUUGAGAUUGUCUUUAACUGAUCCAAUUCCCUACUUUAGGUUUUGUUUUAUUGAAAGACCCUUAUGUUUAUUUGUGAAAUCGUUUUUGUUGUGGCUGAGAUACUUUUAUAUUUCUUUUCAAGUGUCUUGAUUUUUAUAACUUAUACUUAAAAUGAACUAAUAAGUCUUAUUUCAAUGUUAUAAGAUUUUCAACUAUACUGAAUAAAUAUAGUUUUUUUAAAUUUAAUAACAAAUGAAAUGUUCAAUUUUUUUUUUUUUAACUGUCAGCCUUUAGUCCAACUACUCACAUUGUUGUGGAAGAAUUUUGAGAUAGAUUUUAGAAGUAAAAAUCUUGAUGGUGUAAAUUUUUGUUACAAUAUUCAAUUUCUCGAUACCUUGGCAGUAGUGGUGCCCCAUAAAAUUCAUUCCAUCCAUUUAUGGAUCUGGAUUUAUAUUAAUGACAUAAGUUUUAUCACAAAGUGAUUUCAUUUUAUUUUUUCAACAAAUCACAAAGAAAGAUGUAUUUACUUCAAUAUUUAAAACUUAUUAUUAAUUUGUUCUCAAUUUGAACUUAUAGUAUAUAAGCUUAAUACUUAGAUAUUUAUAUAAAUAAUAUUGGAAGAAUAGUUAAAGGAAAACUUUGUACAAAGUCACAGCCUGAAUAUCACUUGAUUGUUCUUAGCUAUGUUACAAGCAAUCAUCUGAACAAUAAAAGUAAUUUUCUUAUCCGUUUUUUGUAGUCUCCUUAUUGUCUUAAUGUAAUUUAGUAUCAGCUGUAUAACUAAAAAUCUGCCGAUUUUUUAAAAUUUAAUUUUUCUGUAUUUUAUGGUGAAAAUGUAAAUAUGAAACAUAUUCAUUUAUAUCCUUUU